AUGGCWUUUGUGCAUCCUCAUUCCAUCCCGUGUAUGRAAAGUGAACUAGAUCUGUUUACAGCUCCUCCAACUCAAGUCGUGAUAGACGGUAGUCAAUGGAUUGAAUAUCAGCCCAUCUCCUCCAUUUCUUCCUCGGCACCCAUUGAAUUUCAAGUUACAGGAACUGAGAAUUAUCUGGAUUUAGCCAAGAGUAUGCUAUUCAUCAAACUGAAAAUCACUAAAGCUAAUGGUUCUGAUCUAACCACUGAUGAAAAAGUAGCACCUGUCAAUAAUUUUCUGCAAAGUUUAUUCAAGCAAGUGGAUGUAUUUCUAAAUGGAAUUCAAGUGACACAAUCCACUGGGACCUACAGUUACRRAAGCAUGCUGRAGACCAUAUUAAACUACGGCUUGUCAGCUAAGAAGUCCCAUCUCACAGCAGGGCUUUACUACAAAGACACGGCAGGGUCCAUGGACGAGACAGAUUGCACCGGUGCGGGAGGCAAUACAGGGCUGCAAACUCGCUAUUCGUUUACUAAGAAAAGCUAUAUCGUCGAUUUAUGGGGACCCCUGCACUGUGAUAUACUGUUUGGUGAUCGUCUCUUGUUAAAUCAUGUAGACGUUACCAUUAAAUUAAAUCCGAAUACUGCAGCGUUUGCCUUAAUGUCAGGAGAGACAAAUCCCAAUUACAAGAUUGCCAUCCAAAGCGCCAAUUUAAAGGUUCGUGCAGUGAAAGUGAGCCCGACGCUGCAAUUGCAGCACUUAAACGAGCUGAAGAAGGGAGUGAAUGCAAUCUAUCCCAUGAGGAGAACUGACUGCAAGACCUAUACCAUACCUUCAGGAAAUCCUUCCAUUCAUAAAGGAGAUUUGUUUAAUGGGCAAGUUCCUAAGCGUGUAGUACUAGCCAUGGUCGACUCUACCGCGUUCAAUGGAAGCUAUACCAAAAACCCUUACAAUUUUAAACUGUAUGGAGCAACAUCUAUAAGUCUUACAAUCGAUGGGGAACAGAGACCUUUCAAACCCAUCACCUUGAAACUAGCAAGGGCCA